GCCAUUUACUUGAUAAUGGUCUCUGAUUAAAACUAAACUUUUGUCCUCAGUAAUUUCCAUUGCUCUUAUUAUAGUUUUAGUAAUACUGAAGACAGGUUUAUGUGUUCGCUGAAUCGGGAUUUUCACGCAAGAAUGUUGCAUGUGAUGAGUGCGAUCCUCUCUCCGUCUUACGAAAAUAUCUAUCACUACAAUGUUAUUCAAAUAAUAUUUUCUUCGUGACAAAUUGGACAAAUCUUAAAGGAAACGUAUAUGGUCUUAUCUUCUUUAUAAGCAAAGUAACGCUGAUUUUGUUUGGAAGUUAAAGGAAAUAAUGAUCCUUGGAGACAAAAAUUUGCUCACUUAAGGAGCUCUAUAUUCGAUGGAUUCAGCCAACACACCAUCAAUGUAAAUUAAUACAUACAUAUAACCUUAUUUUGUGUAACGGUGCAAUAAUUUUACAGAGGUUCCUUGGACCUCAAAAGAGGGUAGUGUUUAGCAAGUCUUACAUCCAACUAUUCGAGUAAAAUUGUGUAAUGGCACGAUGAAGAUGCCUUCGACGAUCCGUUGUCUCAUCUAUCUGGCCUUCUCGUUGUCCAUGAUCAAAGCCGAUAGCAGCGUACCGGACUUUGACUGUGACUUCGAGGCGAGCUUCUGUGGUUGGGUUGUGGAUCCAGCAGGUGAUAUCCAAUGGACCAGGCUCUCAGGACCAACGCCUACUCCAGAUACUGGCCCAUCAUCCGACCAUACAUCAGGCAAAGGAUAUUAUAUUUACACUGAAACCGGUGAUAUGGACUACGGAGCAACGGCGACCCUGACGUCUCCAUCUAUUCCUCCGCUGGGAGUGGAUGGUGCUUGCGUGACGUUUUGGUACCACAUGCUUGGCAGCUACAUAGGAACAUUGACGGUAUACAAUCCUGUUAAUAAUGAACGCUGGAAGAAGACGGGUAACCAAGGUAAUAUGUGGCUGCAGGCAAAUGUCUGGUUAGAAUCGUCCGCUUCAGUUACCCAGGUUUACAUCAAGGCUAUGAUUGGUGGAGACUACUACUCUGACAUCGCUAUUGAUGACGUCAUGAUCCAAAACGGCCUAAUCUGCGAAGAUGCAUCACCCGGUCCCAAUGACUGUGAUUUUGAGAUCGAUCUCUGUUCCUGGCACCAGGAGAUUAGCAGGGAUGAUAUAGAUUGGGAUCGAGUAUCGUACGCAAUCAACCCCAAUCCUUUAGGACCACCGGCUGACCAUACAAGGGGCGAUGAAACAGGUUAUUACAUGAUGGUGGCCGAGUCAACCAACUUUGAUGACGAAACAGCGAGACUGGUAUCCAAUACUAUUCAAAACACUGAUGACUUGGGCGCGUGUUUGGAGUUCUGGUACCACAUGGAUAAUACGUAUAGUAUAGUGUUGAAGGUCCUAAAAUGGAUUAGUGGUCCAAGUGAUGACCAGGAGGUAAAAUGGCGGAAGGAGGAGGCACGUGGUCCAGGAUGGCAUCAGGUCUACAUACACUUUACGGAGAAACAAUUAUACACGAUAACCUUUGAAGCCACAAGAGAUUUUGUCAGCGACGGUGCAGUUGCAAUUGAUGACGUCACUCUUAAUGACGGGAUAUGCCCUACGCCAAAUAAAUGUGAUUUUGAGAAUGGUGACUGCAAUUAUUCCCCUGGUGCUGGGACAGAUUUCUUGUGGACUGUGGUACAGGCAAACUCGGGUGACCCUGUGCCCCCGAUGGACGUGUCAUACAACAGUCCUGCAGGUCAUAUGAUUUUUGCUGACAUGUCAUCAGUCCAGUCAAACAGCCAGUUAGGGAUAGUUGAGACAGGUUUGCUAGAUCCUACAGACAGUAGCGGUAGAUGUUUUCAGUUCUGGUACCAUCUUGGAACAAGCCGAGUGGUCAUUCUAAAGGUUUAUUUGGUUACAGAAGGGGGUCAAAGCACUAAACUUUGGGAAAUGGAUGAAGUCAGCGAUCCCAAUGAGUGGCAUGUUCAAGAAACAAACAUCAUUAGUACCAAUGAAAGAAUGAAGGUGUCUUUUGAGGCGAGCACGACUGAUUAUCGGCAGGUCAGUGGAAUUGCCGUUGACGAUGUUUAUUUCAAAGAUUAUCCAUGCCCUCUGGACCGCAGCUGUGAUUUCCAGAACAGUUUCUGCACCUGGAAGAAUGAUCAAGCCGACGAGGAAGACUGGUACAGACUUCAUGGAGCGACUCCAGAAUGGCCCAGUUCCGGCACUGACGUUGAUCAUACGUAUGGCAGAGAUUACGGCAUAUACAUUCAUGUGUAUCAUGGGCAGUAUGAUCCGAGUCCGAUUACUGCCAUUUUGAAAUCCACUGUCUUCACUGCUGAUAUAUCACGUUGUUUUGGAUUCUAUUACGUUCUGUUCGGUGAUCGUGUUGGGAGCAUUGAGGUUCAGGUACUUACCGAUAUCUCUGCAACACCAUGGAGUCUUCAAACACUAGAAGGCAAUUUGGUCUCUGGAUGGAAGCAGGCUUUGGUUCCUAUCCUCCAAUUCAAAGAAGCCUACUCGUACCAGAUCUUAUUGGUAGCACACAUACCUGGUGGAAUGGAUGGAGAACAGUGCGUUGAUGAUAUAACACUCGAGGACCGUGAUUGCUCUGAUCUACUAGCUCCAGAGAACCAGGGUUGCGAUUUUGAAAAUGGCUUCUGUUCGUGGGCCCAGGGAGCAAGCAGUGCCAACGGCGGAUGGAUACGAGCGUCAGGAGAAAUGCAAACCGACGAAGGACCAGGAUCGGAUCAUACAUUGGGGGACGAAAGGGGAUUCUAUGUGUACCUGGAUAGCUACAAUGGUGAGUGGGCGCAGCUGACCUCAUCACGAAUGCUUCAGGCAAGCCAAGAUGACGUUUGUCUUGAGUUUUGGUACCAGAGUUAUGGAUGGCCAAGUGGAAACAGGCUUACUGUCUAUGUACAGACAUCGGAAGGGCUUUCGACUUUAUGGGAAGAAACAGUACCUAUGGGGCCUCACUGGACCCAGGGGCUAGCUAAGCUUCGACAAUCUGGAGAGUUUGUGGUUAUUUUCGAAGGAGUUCAUGGCACAGGCUACGACGGGGUACUAGUCCUAGAUGACAUCGAUUUCACAAUUGGUGAAUGUAAGAUACCGAAUUACUGCGGAUUCGAAAAUGGUCAAUGUGGUUUCAGUCAAUCGCCAAGUGAUGCGUUGCUAUGGCAACUGUCUUCCUCAAAUUCCAGUUCAUCCCAAGUCAUUCCACCUUAUGAUUCAACUUUUCAGUUGCCUUUGGGUCAUUUUAUGUUUUUAGAUCUAACUGAUGUUCAAACUGUAAACCAGUUUGGGUUAUUAGAGUCAGGUGUCUAUUCUCAAGAGCCAAACCCCGAUCGUUGCCUUACAGUAUGGUUGUAUAUGUACACUUCCAUGGAUGUUAGCCUUACGGUUAACCAAGUAGGUGUUCCUUCGGAUAACGCUAAGGUUAUUCGAUCCUAUUCUGGGGUAGAUCUAUCGCAUGAGUGGUUCGUGUCUCAGAUCCAACUGUCGGUCAAUGAGGACUUCAAGAUCACAUUCCUCGUGAGGAGUCUUGACCCAACCAGCGAUGGAUCGGUAAGCCUUGAUGAUUUCAAGAUAGAAGAUGGACCCUGUCCGGUACCGGGUACUUGCGAUUUCGAGGAUGGGUUUUGCAUGUGGAAGAAUGAGGUUGAUAUGGAUGAUUUUGACUGGAUUCUCUAUAGGGGAUUAGAAGGUACAGGGACGGACAGUGGACCUUAUGGAGAUCAUACGAAGGGAAACCAAGAGGGCGUUUAUGCAAUAAUUUCCCCACCGGGACGCUCUGUGCAGGAUUAUGCAAUUCUCAAGUCGCCGGAAUUCCUGGCUGACUCCACCCGAUGUUUGAAGUUUUACACCUACCUAAACUAUGAGCUUACGGGUAGGUUGGACGUUCAAGUCCUGCCAAGCACGGAUGCAGUUGGUGAAGUUGUCUUAUCCCUCGAGGGGAAGCAAGGAUCUUCUUGGAAAGAAUCAUUGGUUACUUUGAAUAUCACCGGCACAGAGUCGUAUGUUAUCCUUUUCAACGCGAGUGUUGGCGCUGUUGAUGCUAAAGCUAACAUCGCUAUCGAUGACAUCGCUUUUUACCCCGGAGAGUGUACAGGACUUACAGACGUAUGUCAUUUCACAUCGGGAUUAUGUGACUGGAUGCAAGAGGAUGAAAACGAUGAAUUUGAUUGGUUGGUUGGCUCUGGGGAUGACACUCGCUACGGCAACAAUGAACAGCUUCCUGACCACUCAUUCGGAACCGUUCAAGGUGGAUACGCCUACAUUGAUAUGAGAGACGCGAGGAACCAACCGGGCGAUAGAGCCAGACUGGUCAGCUUAGAAAGGUCUUCUCCAAGAGAUGCUCAGGCCGAAUGCCUCACAUUCUGGUAUCAUCAAGAUGCCGAAGCCGUGUCCCUCAAUAUAUACAUGCAGUGGUUUGACAAUGGAACAUUAUUCAUCACUGACGACCAGCUCUGGUCGACCAUCGGAAACAGAGGGGAUUAUUGGUGGUUUGGAGGGGCGACUCUCAUAAGCAAAUUUCCUUAUCAGGCUGUCAUUGAGGGUAAGAUGGGAACGGGAAACACCGGUGGUUUGACAAUAGAUGAUGUUGAAUUCAGGACAGGACCUUGUGAUCCGAAAGGUCACUGUAAUUUUGAUCAUGACAUGUGUUCUUGGAGGAACGCUGCUGAUGAUGGUGUCGAUGAUGAUGAGAUUGCUUGGAUACGAGCUUCAGGAAGUACUGAAUCAACAGGCACAGGCCCGACCAAUGAUCACACCCGAGGAACGAAAGAAGGAUUUUAUAUGUACGUUGACGGCACGUUUACCUAUCCUUGGAGCAUAUCUACUCUGUAUAGCGAGAUAUUUGAUCAAACGCCCUCUAGCGGUGAUUGCUUCUCAUUCUGGUAUCAUUGGCUAAAAUCAACUGGCUCAACAACUCCACCGCUCACAGUCUAUCUCCGCCAGUACACUCCCCCAACAGUCAAUGAUCCUCAGGUUAUGUUUACGGUGAGCGGUGAAAGCAGUGAAUUCUGGAGAAGAGCUCAGUUUGACGUUGAGUCGCCAACCGAUUUCCAGAUUUUGUUCCAAGCCAUCUUGUCCAGCUCAGAUGACAUUGCUAUAGACGAUACAGUUCUCACCACAUCACCAUGCGAAGAGCCUAAUUUGUGGGACUGUACAUUCGAGGACGGUGAAUGUGGAUAUACACAGGUUGAUGAUGAUGAAUUUGACUGGUCACCUAAGAGUGGAGACACCUCAUCAAUUCUCACAGGACCCUCCUUUGACCACACACUAGGAACAGCACAAGGAUAUUACAUGUAUUUGGAAACGUCACAAGGACAGACAGGGAACAGCGCUAGACUUGCUAGCACCUUUGCACCUCCGGGUAAAUACUGCAUUAGUUUCUGGUUCCACAUGUUUGGCCAGACGAUUGGAUCUCUAAACGUAUACCUUCAGAGGAACGAGUCGGCUCUGGACCUGCCGGUCUGGACCAGGACCAGUUCUAGUGGAAAUAGCUGGAUAGAAGCAUAUGUCGAUGUGGUCGACAUUUAUACAUUUCGGGUUGUUUACGAAGCAGUCCGUGGGAGUAGUUUCACUGGAGAUAUAGCAAUUGAUGACGUUGGUAUGACGGAAGGUGAAUGUCCAGGGACUGAGGCAUGUGAUUUUCAACACGAUGAUAUAUGCAGGUAUCAACAAGAACCAACCAGUGAUGAUUUUGAUUGGAAACAAGGCUCUGGGAGUACCCUUUCAGCCGGUACAGGUCCAACAACAGAUCAUACGUAUGGGACUACAUACGGCAAGUACAUGUACAUUGAUUCAUCUGAACAGAGUCCAAGCGAUAGGGCGCAGCUGUAUACCAAGAUGACUGAUCCAGAUCCAAGCGGGUUCGCGUGUUGGAGAUUCUUUUACCACAUGAACGGUGCUGGCGUUGAUACACUACGAAUUCUGUCUGACAUUGAUGGAACACAAAGUGAACUAUUAACUUUGGUUGGUAACCGUGGAAACAAAUGGUUUUCAACACACGCUGAAGUUGUGGCUUCAUCAAGAUAUCGUGUAGUAUUCGAAGCAUCAGUAGGCAACGCCAAAGAUACAGGGGAUAUAGCAAUCGAUGAUGUUGAUUUCCGAGCUGGCCUCUGCGGUCAUGAAUUGUCAUGCACCUUUGAGAGUGAUCUUUGUCUCUGGGAAAAUGUUGCUUAUGGGGAUAGUUCAGACUGGCAACGGAUCUCUGGGUUGACGGUUACAGGUACUACAGGGCCUAAUGUUGACCAUACUACUGGGACAGAGUCAGGUUAUUAUAUUUAUUUGGAGAGUAACUCACUUUCACCGGGUUAUGCAGCUUGGCUGGUAUCACCUUCGUUUAGAAUGGAAGACCUCUCCGCAGCCUGUUUUACAUUUUGGUUUCAUAUGUAUGGAUCUACAAUCGGAGAACUCAACGUUUACCUGGUCAAUGAAAGAACACUUGAGGAAACUUAUGUUUGGCGGCUGAACGGGCAACAAAACCCUGACCAGUAUACGUGGUGGCAGGGCAAGUUUGAACUCCUUGAUGAGGGCGUGACAACACCGGUACCUUCUUUAGGAGAUUCCUACGUGAUCAAGUUCGAGGCUGUCCUCGGCUACUUCAAUUACGGUGACAUUGCUAUUGAUGAUCUGGAUGUUGAAACUGAAGCAUGCGCAGUAUAUCCCAAAUCAGCUGAACCAUCGUUACAAGAGUCGGCAAGCUGUGAUUUUGAAGUGAAUCGAUGUGGCUGGUUUGAUGUUGAUGAUGAUCGCCUGGACUGGCUGAGAUACCGAGGACAGACCCCAACGUAUGACACCGGACCUUUCAAGGAUCAUACAACCGGAAACGGAUUCUAUUUAUUGUUUGAGUCAUCUUCAGGACAGCAGGGAUAUAGUGCCGGCGUCAGGUCACCAGUAAUCCCUAGUGCCCAAGGUGCAUGUUUCAACUUCUGGCUCUAUAUGUAUGGCCAAACGAUGGGACAACUGGAGGUCUUGUUAUCCAGUGCCGACGGGACAGAAGAGCUUGCUCUAUGGCGGCAAGAUGGAACACUACAGAACGAAUGGGUGUACAGACAAAUAGAUAUCACAGUCGAUUAUGACUUCCGGAUUAUUUUCAACGCGUAUCGUGGUUCCAGUGCGUACGGCGAUAUUGCCAUUGAUGAUCUAUCUUUUGACGAAUCGUUUGCUUGCCCCCACCUUCAGGAGUGUUCCUUCGAGACGGAUUAUUGCGGCUGGUCACAGGAAACUGUUCAAGAUGACUUUGAUUGGAAGAGAACUCGAGGAAAAGAUCAUUCGGAUAUCCCAAUUGAUAAAACAACUGGGGUAAACACAGGGUACUACGCUUGGCUUGACACCACAACGAACACUAUUGACGGCCAGACUGCUAUCCUAUUCAGCCCAACUUACAUCCUGACAUCAAUUCCUCAUUGUCUUCGGUUCUGGUACUACCAUGAUGGAAUUGGCGCCCUCACCGUUCAUUCUCGCCAAUCAGGAACGUAUUCAGAUCCAUUAUGGGCUGCACCCCCUGAAGGCAUUACGAGCUGGAGGUUCGGAAGCAGUACGGUGACCGACGCCAAUAGUUUUCAGGCCGCUUUCAAGGGCACCGUAGGUUCCAGUCCAGGAUCCCUAAUGGCGCUUGAUGAAGUUCGGAUAGACGUGGGGGCAUGUCAGCCACUAGGAUAUUGCACGUUCGAGGAGCCUAUAUGUGAUUGGUUCAAUGUUGAAUAUGACGAUUUUGACUGGACAUUACUUAGCGGUAGCACACCCAGCAGUGGUACAGGGCCGGUCAAUGACCACACACUUGGUAGCCCUCUUGGUCAUUACCUUUAUAUAGAAUCAUCCAACUCUCACAGUGACUACCAGGCGAUAUAUGAGUCAGUUGGCUUCCCUCCAAGAAUAGAUGGAUGUUUCUCGUUUUGGUACCACAUGUAUGGCAAGGAACUAGGAAAUUUAAAUGUUUAUACGGAAGAGUUGUCAUCCGGCAAAAGAGAUCUCAUUUGGAGUAUGAAAGGGGAUCAAGGAACAGCUUGGAUCCCAGCGAAGGUUGAUACAUCUGUGGGUGUCUAUCACAAGAUAUUCUUCCAAGCGAUUGACCAUUCUAACCAAGGAAGCUAUACUGGCGAUAUUGCCCUGGAUGAUUUAGAAUAUUUGGAUCAUAACUGCAAAUAUGUCCCGCCCCCUACCGACCCUCCUACCAUACCAUCAGUCACUGUCACACCCCUCCCGUGGGAUUGCACCUUUGAAGGGGGUACAACAUGUACCUGGACCCAAGGAACCAACGAUGAUUUUGAUUGGACCAUUCAAAAUGGUAGCACACCGACUAUUGGAACAGGCCCCUCGGCAGAUCACACAACUCAAACUCCAUACGGUAAAUAUGCAUUGAUUGAUGCCAUGUCAGGCAAUGAAGAAGAUGUAGCUCGUCUAUACAGCGAUGACCUACCAAUAGGAACUCAAAUGUGUCUAACAUUCUGGUAUCAUAUGUACGGUGCACACGUUGGAUCGCUAAAUGUUGGCUAUGGAAACACUGAUGGAAACGAAGAGGGUACAGUGAUUUGGACGAAAUCAGGAACACAGGGGUACGACUGGAUUCUGGGACGAGUGGCCAUUGUUGCCAGAGAAACAAACCCAAAGGUAUAUAUAGAGGGAGUGGCAGCCGCUGGUUACCAAGGUGACAUUGCAAUUGAUGACAUCAUUAUGGUCUAUGGAUCCUGUCCGGCUUUGUUAUUCUGUGACUUCCAACCCGAUGAUGCGUGCGGAUUUAUCAAUUCGGAUACUGAUGAACUGGACUGGACUAGAGACCGUGGUUUAACAUCAGUUUCCACUGGACCACAGCUUGACCAUUCUUACGGAACGGCAGAAGGGUAUUAUAUGCGUAUAAAGACCGGGCAGCGCACGAGAAUAAAUGAUAUGGGAAGGCUUUGGACCCCUGAGUAUCCUACACCCCUAAGCGGAUACAGAUGUGCUGAAUUCUGGUUCGUGAUGAGUGAUGUGUUUGGUGAAUUCUCCCUCGAAGCUGUGUAUCUGGAUGAGAAUAAUUACAUCAUACCAAGUGGAAUAAAGGGAAUAUACUCGGAUCCAACGACUGGUUUUUGGCGUAAGGCAUCAUUGGAGGUCCCCUCUGAUCGAAGAAAUAUGUUUGCAUUUACCUUGAUCAUCGAAGAUGAAAUCUCAGGAGCCUUUGUGGCUAUAGAUGACUUCUAUGCAAGGAACGGUCAAUGUGGCGGUCAGCUAGGUUCAUGUGAUUUCGAAGUGGAUACAUGUGACUGGACCAACACACAGAUGGGUGAUGAGACAGACUGGCGAAGGUAUAGUGGUUCGACGGACAAUGAUGGAAGUGGUCCGGACUUUGACCAUACCACCGGCACCCAUUCAGGGUGGUACAUGUACAUGGAUGCUCUGUUUGGUGGCCUAGGAAGCAGGGCUAGACUAGAGUCUGCCAGCCUCUAUCCCCCAGAAGACUUCGUCUGCUUCAGUCUCUGGUAUCAUAUGGCAUGUCCGGGGGACAGCAAGAAUACACUAACGGUGGCCUGGGAAACACCAGCUCUAACCCACGUGGUGUGGUCUUUUACUGGAGUAUCAGAAGAUGAAUGGAAUUAUAGGCAAAUCAGCUUCGUGGUUACUGAAGAAUAUAGGAUGAUGAUAGAAGGACUGAUAACCGGAACAGAAUCCUGUGACAUUGCCAUCGAUGACCUGUAUCUAUUUAAUGGUGCUUGUAGUGCUGAUACCACCCCUCCACCACCAUUCACCUGCCUAACAGGAGAUGAGAAGGUGGAUGCAAGUAAGGUCUGUGACAUGAGAUCCGAUUGUACCGAUGGGUCUGAUGAAAUCAAUUGCGGAGUGUGUACAUUCGAGGAGGAUCAAUGCGGAUAUACCAGUGAUCCGGCAGGCAUGUUUCCGUGGAUAAGGCAAGGGGGCGGAGUCUCCACAACACCUCCUCCCACCCUCUUUCUUCCUCCUGCAGAUUUCGAAGGCGCUAGUGGAACAUACAUGAUUGUGGAUAACACUGCGAUUCCAGUUGUGGGCGGAGCCUAUCCCAGGCUCCUCGGUCCCUGGAUACAAGAGGCGGGGUCUAGCUGCGUCAUGCAGUUCUGGUACUACCUUUCGUCAAACGACUAUAUCGCCGUCUCGUACACGACCUCACCCAUUGAGGACACCAUCAUGUAUCGGACUUCUAUGAGGGGAUACUGGCAUCGAGGAAUAUUUACUGUUGGCAGAAUCGUGAACCCCUUCCAGAUUAACAUAAUCGGUUUACCCGGAGUGGGCGGACUUGGUAGCAUUGUAGCAGUCAGCGAUGUUCUUCUGUCGAACUGUGGAUUCCGUGAAGCCGAGGAAUCCUGUGGAGUUGGUGAAUUCACCUGUACGAACAGGGCAUGUAUUGACAUGGACCGAGUAUGUAACUUUGCUGAUGACUGCGGUGAUUACUCGGACGAAAUGCAUUGUGAUGAGGAGAAGCAUACAGCUAGAUGUGACUUCCAGUCCAAUCUAUGUUCCUACACGCACUUACCUGGGGAUUAUCUGUGGAUCAGAACGUCAGGAGCAACCACAGUCGACAAGCAGUACGCCCCCACACGAGAUCAUACGUCCAACUCCGCAGGGGGUCAUUACCUUCUCGCGGAUGCAUUGGCAUCAUCAGCGGGUGAUGUUGCUCGCAUCGCCUCACCCACGUUCAUUCGCACGGGGCUCACAUCUACUUGCAAGAUUCGUUUCUUCUUCUUUGGUAACGGACCUGACACUGGGAUUAUAAACAUCUACACUCGGUCGUCAGAUGGCGGCCCUCUUGACCGUCUGGACACGCUCUCGAACUUUGCUACGGAUAGCUUUUCUUAUUACGACGAGGAUUUGGUCGUUUUAGAUGAUUUUCAGGUUGUAAUCGAAGCUGUAGCUGGCAGCGGUCGUAACGGAGCCAUUGCCAUAGAUGAUAUCAGCUUCAUAAACUGUCCGCUUUCGAAUAAUCCACUUCCGGGUGGCAGCACACCAGCUCCGCCCACCACCCCCAUCCCCUGUCCUAUACCCUCUGAUUACCAAUGCGGUGAUGGUCAGUGUAUCCCUAAGGAUCAAGUCUGUGAUUUCAUCGUGCAGUGUAACAAUGGACGAGAUGAGCAAAAUUGCGGUGCAUGUGAGUUUGAUGACUUGCAGACGUGUGGGUCAGAAAACUUUGGGUGGCGUUUAAGAGAAGCUGGUUCCGACAUUGAUUAUCUUCCGACGGAUCACUUCAAUAACGGUUCAGAUCCGGGUUUUUAUCUAGAGAGUAUCUACGGCUACAACACAUUGACAACCCCUCUGAUUGGACCUCCCGGGUCUGCGUGCCAGGUUCAGUUCUAUUACUAUAUGAGCAAUGCAACAAGUCAAUUAGAACUGAGGGUACGAGUAGAAGAUGGACCCCAACUCUUUGUGGUGAGGGGUACGGAAAAUCCUGGUACAUGGGAGUAUGGAGUUGCAUUUGUAGGAGAAUUCGAUGAAAAGAUUAAGAUUAGCUUUGAUCAUGUGUACCUGUUCGCUAUUGAAGGCCUGGGCUUUACUAUGGCUCUUGAUGGGAUCAGCUAUCUUCAGUGCCUUGGAAACAUGUCCGUUUCCCCAGAUAUAAGCUGUACCUUUGAAGAUGGUCUAUGCGGUUACAUGCAAGGUUUGUCUCCAGAUGAAGACGAUUUUGAUUGGGUAAGAGCGAGAGGCGAAACCGAUUCUACUCAUACCGGACCUCGCUUUGAUCAUACUUCUGGCACAGGUUACUAUAUGUAUAUCGAAGCAGAUGGCCCAGCUGACGGUCAGAAAGCAAUCCUUAAGUCCCACCCACAGCGAGCUACCACUGGAGACGGUGUUUGCCUGACAUGGUAUUAUCACAUGUACGGACCCGACGUAGACAGAUUCAAUGUCUACAUUCAACAGGGUAGUCAGGCCACGCCCAUCUUCAAACGGCAAGGCACGCAGGGUAACCAGUGGAAGUACGCACAAUGGACUGUGACGUCAAACAUCGCAUGGGGGGUCACAUUUGAAGCAUAUCGAGGACUUGGUGCUGCCGGGGACAUAGCUAUCGAUGACGUCAUUGUUGAAGAUAGCGCAUGCUCUGCAUACCGAACGUGCGAUUUUGAGAUUAACUAUUGUUCUUGGACACAAGAUUAUGACGAUAAUUUUGAUUGGAACAUCGGUAACAACGGUUCACCCGCGGAAGGAACAGGGCCUACUAUAGAUCAUACGAUGGGAACUAAUCUAGGAAUGUUUGCUUACGUGUCUACGGCCAAGCCUCCCCGGUCGGCCGGUGAAGUAGCCCGUUUAUUCAGUCCGGUGUAUCCGGCAGCAGUCAGCGAAUGUUUUACAUUCUGGUAUCACGUCUAUGGAGAUGACAUCGGAACCUUAGAGAUACUCAUCUUUGACACUAUCUCGGAGAUAUCAACUAACAUCUGGCAGGCGAAAGCUCAUGAGAAUAUAUGGCAUUAUUCACGUGCAUCAAUCAUACCAUCGCAUCCAUACCAGAUUGUGGUGAGUGCUACCCUCGGGACUGGUAACUUCGGUGACAUUGCCAUAGAUGAUCUCUCACUCCUUGAUAACUCCUGCACCAGACCAGGUUUCUGCGAUUUCGAGCAAGAUAAAUGUGGAUGGACGGAUGAAAGAGAAACAGAUACUAAGGAUUGGUUACGCAAUAACGGCGUAACUCCAUCCCCAUAUACUGGACCAUCAUUCGAUCACACAACGGGAACUGAACAAGGGAUGUACGUGUAUUUUGAAGCAGAUAAUGGAGUAUCGAAUAGUUGGGCGGACCUGAUCGGUGAAAUCCUCAGUCCGACUUCAGGAUCGUGCCUCACAUUCUGGUACCAUAUGUUUGGUAAUGCUGUUGGUAGUUUAGAAGUGUAUACCAUGGAUGAAGAUGACAAGGAGUUUGGUCCUAUCUGGAGCACAUCAGGUGCACAAGGGGAUGUAUGGAUCAUGGGUAGUGCUGACGUCACGUUCGAUCGAGAGUUCAGGAUUGUUUUUAGGGCUACUGGUACAGACGGGACAGAAGGUGAUAUUGCCUUGGACGACAUUGAUAUACAAAUAGGAGAAUGCAGCGAUGGAGGGGGACCAACAACUAUACCAGUAGUUUCAAUGGCCUGUACGUUCGAAAGCAACCUAUGUUCAUACAGCCAACUUGAUAAUGACCAAUUCGACUGGACCAGGACCUUCUGGUUCACCGACACUGAAAGCACUGGUCCAUCGUUUGACCACACCCGCGGGGACAGCAGCGGGUAUUACGUCUACAUAGAUUCAACAAGCCGUACCCCUGGCGACAGGGCACAGCUGGCAGCUCCAACACAGAACCCGACCGGCACGGGAUCACCCAAGUGCUUGGUGUUCUGGUAUCAUAUGUACGGGGCGGAAGUUGAUCGAUUGAACGUGUAUCUGAGGCUGUUCAAGUCAGGAGUGGUAGAGGAUGAUCUCAUCUUUACCAAGUAUGGCUCACAAGGAAAUCAAUGGAUCAAAGCAGAGAAAGAGAUCACCACGAAUUACAACUGGAUGAUUAUCUAUGAAGGUAUUAACGGAGGUCAAUAUGGUGAUAUAGCCCUGGAUGAUUUGAAUCUAUACGAUGGAGUAUGUCCACCACAAGUUGAGUGUGAUUUCGAGGUCGAUUUUUGUUUCUGGACACAAGAACCAUCUAGCUCGUGGAAAUGGCUAAGGAAUGCAGGUUCAACACCCGAUGAGAGCACUGGACCAUCACGUGAUCACUCAACAGGCACAUCGUUUGGUUACUACGCAUACGUGAGUGCUUCUACUGCUGAUACUGGUUCUAAGGCCCUUCUGUACAGUCCUAUCUACCUUGAUACAGAUUUGGAAUGCCUGAGGUUUUGGUAUCAUAUGUAUGGCAGUGACUUGGGUCAACUGACUGUCUAUACAGAAGACCAAGUCACACUCAGUAACAGUGAUCCUUUGUUCAUAAGAAAUGGUCCUUCUGAUGAUUCCUGGCGGUUUGGUCAGGUAGGUAUAUCAUCAUCUCAUCGUUAUAAAGCUGUCAUUGAAGCUACACGAGGUGAUGGUGUACAGGGAGAUAUCGCUAUUGAUGAUGUCGAGAUUAUUAGAGGGGCGUGUCCACCACCAGGAUUCUGCGAUUUCCAAAAUGAUCUCUGUGGCUGGUCCCAGGAGGUAGUCCAGGACCAGUGGGAUUGGCUUAGAACAUCUGGGGGAACAGACAGUCCUAACACAGGACCGCAGGUAGACCACACCUAUGGAACAGGGGAAGGUUUUUACAUAUAUUUUGAGAGCUCCUUUGUGACGUCAUCCGAUCUUGGACAGUCAGCCAUCUUAAAUAGUGAACAUUUCAGUCCUGUAGACUCUGCUUGCCUCAGCUUCUGGUACUAUAUGUAUGGAGAUGAUGUUGGUGAUCUCGAGGCUUGGAUGGACUAUACUUCCGGUCAACCAAGGAAGAAUCUUUGGUCUAAGGAAGGAGAGGAAUAUUUUGCAUGGAUGAAUGUUAAAAUAGAUCUCAACAGUCAGAGUGAAUUUAGGAUCCAACUUUCAGCUGUAGCACGAGUGGUUGGAGAUCAGGGUGACAUUGCAGUAGACGACUUAGACAUUGAAAUGAAAGGAUGUUCAGAUAUUGGAACAGCGCCCCCAAUGACCACAACUAAACCAACUGCCGCUCCUGUGCAAUCUAUCUGUAACUUUGAGGUGGAUUGGUGUGACUUCACAGUCUUGACGCCGACCUCACUCGCCUGGAAUCGAGGAUAUGGCAAACGAUCAUCAUAUAGUGGACCAUCAGUCGACCACACCCUAGGGAGUACCUCAGGAUACUAUGUAUAUCUGGAUACCUCUACUGGUGGCAGCGGGGACUAUGCCCAGCUUAUAUCAGGGACAAUAACGCCAAGCUCUGGUGGCGUCUGCCUAUUAUGGUGGUAUAACAUGAACGGACCUGAUAUCAAUAAGUUAGAGGUUUGGAAGUAUGAAUCAAUCAAGGAAUGGGUAAGGGCUGGGCACCAGGGACCGGACUGGAAGCAAGGACAGCUCUUCUUCACAGGCAGCUUCAGGGCUGAUUUCCAAGGUUAUAGAUCAAGCGGAGACAGAGGAGAAAUAGCAAUUGAUGACAUCUCAUUCAGUAGUGGAAAUUGCCCUCCACAAAGAUAUUGUGAUUUUGAGCAUGGUGAUUGGUGUGGAUUUGAUCAGGAUUACAAUGAUCAAGGAGAUUGGAAUGUUGGACCUAAUGGUUUCAGCUCCUUGGCCCUAACCUAUGGACCUGAUACAGAUCACACAUAUGGAACAAAUCUAGGCCAUUUCAUCUACGUGGACAGUGUUGUGAAUAAUGUCCAGGCCAAGGUCCGUCUUAUAUCACCAGUCUACCCGUCCACCUUUCAACGGUGUUUGAGACUGUGGGCUUUCAGAAGUGGAAAUAGUCCCCCUCAGUUGACAGCCACAGUGACCAUUGGGGAUUCAUCUUUGACACAGAUCUUAAAUAUCAAUGAGGGUGCUGGUGCAAACGUUUGGCUUGUGUAUGAAGUAUCACUUUCAAGCAGUCUACCUUACACGAUUGUUUUUGAGGCGACUGUUGGUUCUGAAGGAGUUCUUGCCCUUGAUGACAUCGACUUGAACAAAGACUACUGCUCUCCAGUCGGGUCAUGUGAUUUUGAAUAUGACACGUGCACCUAUUGGAAUGAGCCUUCUAACGACGAUUUUGAUUGGAUAAGAUGGAGUGGACAAACCCCGUCUUUGAAUUCAGGGCCAGAUACUGAUCAUUCUACGGGAACACCCGCAGGCGUUUACAUGUACAUUGACUCCGCCGCACCACGCCAAAAUGGUGAUAAUGCUAUAUUGAUUUCCCCAUCUGUUGAGGGAACAAAGUGCCUCUCCAUCUGGUACUAUGUGGAUGGCGCCGUCGGAGCUCUCCUCGAAGUGAUCACAGAUGAUAACGUGAUAUGGAAUCAACCAGGAUCUUCGACUGGUGCAUAUUGGUUGCAUGCAACAGUCUCGACGAGUUCAGCUAGUCCAUCGUACAUGGUUCGCAUCAAAGGUAGUGUUGGGACGCCCUCUCAGAGUGACAUUGCUAUAGAUGAUAUCAGCAUCUUCGAUGGCCCCUGCGCAGGGGCUACUAACCCACCACCAUGUCAGUUCUACUGUGAUAAUGGUGCGUGUUUGAAGGAUGCUACCUUGGUCUGUAACUUCAAUGAUGAUUGUGGGGACAGCAGCGAUGAGUUCAACUGCGGCACGUGUGAUUUCGAGUCGGAUUGGUGUAAUUAUACUGAUACUAGUAUAGGCAGUAUGAUAUGGCAGAGAGGUAAAGGGUCUACAUCAACAACUGGCACAGGUCCAUCUAAAGAUCAUACUACAGAUUCCGUUGAGGGAUACUACUUAUACAUUGAUGCUAGCCAGGGAUCUAGUUACAGUGAAGCUAGUCUAAUGUCCCCUGAAAUGAAUGAGGCUAGUCCCAGCUGUAUUCUCGAGGUCUGGAUUCAUAUGUAUGGACAAGACAUUGGAUCUUUUGGUAUAUACAUCGUAUCUGGAUUAGAGAGUGCUCUUUUGUUUUGGGAUGAGAGAACUAAUCGAGAUGAGUGGUUUAGAUCCUCUGUUGGUGUCGGUCGAAUCAGGGGAACUUUCCAGAUUCAAGUCCUUGCCCAAAGAUCAUUUGAUGUUAUAGGAGACAUUGCAAUUGACGACAUCACUUUCCGGGAUUGUGGAUUUCCAGAUCCUCCUCCAGAGGGUUGCACAUCAGAUGAGUUUACAUGUGCCAAUCUGAGAUGCAUAGCUACAGACCGAGUAUGUGAUCUCACAGACGACUGUGGGGACAUGUCGGAUGAAAUCAAUUGCGGUAAAUCAUUUUAGAUUUAUACAAAGUUUAUCUAUUCCAUAUUCCAUAUAUAUCUAAACUGAAUAUUGAAAAAAGUAAUAGAAUUCCAUAAAUUCAGUCAACAACAGUACACAUUAUGAUUUGGUUAUGAUAGUUAAGACGAGACAAGUGCACAUGAAUGCAUUCUAAAACGAACAAUAGGAUAUUUUUUUUAUGUUUGCGGGAGCGAUUAUAUGUGGCCAUUGACUCGAAAGGCUGGUGUCUUCUGCCAUUUAAGAAUGAAACACACCAAC